AUGCCCCGCGAUGAUACCCCAGAGCUCGAAGAUGCUUCUCCAAGCAACAAUGUCUUAACCAGUGCACUGAGGAGAAAUCCAGUGCACGUCACAACUGACCUUGCCUCGCAAGGCCCAGUGUUCCUCUCCAGACCCUUCUUCGGCCCUCUUCUGUUCGAUAACAAUGCAUCCGACGCCCGCGAUCACUGCGCCAACGAGCGAACAUUCCUCUCGUGGCUGCGGCUAUCCAUGUAUCUCUCCAUCGUUGCCUGCGCAAUCAUAAUGCCCUUCCACCUCCGGUACAAGCCGUCGCAGUUGGAGUUGCGCAUGGCGCUCCCGCUUGGCAUCAUCUUUUGGGUUUUGUCUCGAAAUGCUGCGCUGGUGCAGAGUGGUUGGAAGACGCAGGUGGUUUUCACCGUUGUUGCUAUAUCGAUCAUUGGGACGUGUAUCAUACUCUUAAGCACGGAUCCUCCGGCAAAGCCGUAA